CAUCUCGUCCACACCCAUACACACACCAUGUUCGCCCGCGGAGCCGUCGCGGCCCUCACCUCGUCGUUCACGCAGCUGUCUGUGCGCGCUGCGUCGCGCGCGCAGCCCAUCGCUUCGUCGUCUCGGCUUCGCCUGGCGCCCGUCGCGCAGCCUCUUGCCGCGGUCCGCGCCUUCUCUGCCUCGGCGCCGGCGUCCAAGCCGUCCGUGAACCAGGUCAUCCGCGGAUGCCGCAAGCCGAGGACACGGAAAAAGCCCACCCCCCUGCUCGAGGGCGCGCCGCAGCGCAAGGGUGUCCUGACAAAGGUCUACACUGUCAAGCCGCGUAAGCCCAACUCGGCGCAGCGUAAGGUAUGCCGUGUCAAGCUCAGCACGGGCAAGAGCACGAUCGCGUACAUCCCCGGAGAGGGACACAACCUGCAGGAGCACGCCGUUGUGCUGGUGCGUGGUGGACGUACCAAGGAUUUGCCCGGUGUCAAGUACAAGAUUGUCCGUGGCGCGCUCGACACGCACGGUGUGGUGGGCCGCACCAAGUCGAGGUCGAAGUACGGCGUCAAGAAGCCCAAGAGCCCUUAGGCCGUACAGUAGAUAUGCAUUGAUUCAUUGGG